CUCGAAAUGGAAUCCGAUCUCGAGGAGGAGAAGUCGAAGAAAGCGUAUUUGGAUAAGAUCCGAGAGAAUUAUAUACGGUUCAUGGAGGAUAGCAGUCGGGAGAAGCUGGAUCCGGCCAUCUACAGAAACGAUGGAGGCGCGAAGAAGAGGGAGGAGGAGGCGGAGAUGAAUAUGCUUCGAAGGCGUAGAGAGAGGUUAAUGAGGCGUAGAGAGAGGUUAAUGAGGCGUAGGAGGCAGAGAGAGAUGCAGAAGCAAUCAAAACCAGAGGAGGAGGAGGAGGAAUCAUUUACCAGUUGUGACUCAGACGUGGAGAUGAACAUUUCCCUGGAGGAAGUGAAACGCCUCAUGGAGAAUAUGAAUUCGACUUUGACGUCUAAAGAGGAGGAUAGAGGAGACGCCGUGAAGAUAGAGGAGGAUUCCAAGGCGAAGGAGGAGGAAAUGAGUAUCGCUGACGAUGACGAGAACAUGUUCCCAAGGACUAGAGGGAGACUCGUGAGGUAUUUAAGGCGGCAGAGGUCCAAGCCACCAGCCUCCUCCGCCUUCCAAAUCGAGUUCCAUCAUCUCCAGCUGCCAUCGGACGACGAGUAAUUGCAUAUGCAGAGACUUCCACUUUGACAUAGCAAUUGCCUCCUACUCUCUCUCUCAGCAUAUCUGUACUGGACAAAAAGUGUACUUAUUCUCGUCACAGCAUCUCUGUUAAUUAUAAAACCCCACUUCCUCAUCAGGCUAAGAUGUGCCCCCGUGCCACUCUUCGUAUAUGAUAUCAACUUCCACCUGUCCGGGGAUCUAGAGCCGAAUAUAGUUUAACGAUUGAGCCCUUUCGGCUUCCAUUCCCUUUCAUUCUUAUUUUUAGCUGUAUUGAUCAUCUAUAUAUAUUAUUAGGAUUACCAUAUGCAUUAACAUGACAUUCAUAGACUUUCCGAUUUAUGAUACUAAAAGUAUAUGAAAUGUUCAAUCCUAUAUUUUAUAAUUCGAACCUGCAUAUAAGUAGGCGCAACAAAUGUGACAAGUUUAAAA